UCAUUUGUGUUAAUGUUUUACCUCAGAAACACACUUUUGCUAAUAUCUUUCGCGAGAGAUUUAAACGUGGCUCCUUUUUUUCACAGCAAUCUUUCCAUCUAACUGAGCAUGUGCAGAAAAGCAAACUCCAAGAUCCACGAUGGGCUCUGUAAACACUGUAAGGGUGUUCUGGAGUGGAGAGUAAGGUACAACAAGUACAAGUCACUGACACAACCCAAAAAAUGUAUCAAGUGUGCUCAGAGGACAGUGAAGGAUGCAUACCACAUCCUCUGUAAGCCCUGUUCUCUGGAGCUAGACAUCUGCUGCAAGUGUGGGAAGAAAGAGAAAAUUGUUAUUCCAAUUAACUCAGAAGGGGACAAUAAUGAUGAAGAAGAAGAAGGACAAGGAGAAGUAAAAGGAGAAGAGAAAGAUGAGAAGAGAAAGGAGAAGAGAAAGAUGAAGAAGUUGUUGAACAGAAAAAGAAAGUACGAGUACGAGCGAAGAAGGUCUUGGAUGACUCAGACAGUGAUGAUGAUGAAGAGAGAGAGGACUUGCAUAGUGGCUCAAAGAAGACGCAGAACAAGUCUGAUGAUCUCCCAGAUGUGUCCCGACUCCGAGUCAGAUUUAAUGACUAAGGGCGAGUUUAAAGUGAAGUAUGAGAUUUGAGAGGUGACCAUACCCCCAGCUAACCAAAUCUAAUACAAAAAGGUUCCUAGUUUGAGUUGAGUUAACAAAAGCUUCCAACUAAUUCACUGUGUAUCUUUGGUGAACACGGACCAAAAUGUUUCACUAUCUUCUGACUUUUCUGAUUUAAAGAAACAAACAAAAAUAUGAGAACAUAUUCGCCAGAUUAUUUUUCAAAGAUUGCCUGCCAGCUGGAUAAGUGUACUGUCAUUAAAACAUGUACAUUAAUGACA